UUCCAAUUAAAGGACUUAUGAGUAAAAUUGUAUGUGUCCAAAGAUACUCUGCUCCUCUGACUCGACUCUGCUCUCAAUACUGUACCAUCGAUAUCCACUGUACCAUCGAGUCAGUCAUUAAAGAUGUCUUAUGACGUUUUUGCAAGCCAGCCUAUUGUGAUCGAUAAUGGGUCUGGAGUCAUCAAGGCUGGCUUUGCUGGGGAGGAGUAUCCCAAGUUACACUUCUCAAGCUAUGUUGGUCGUCCCAAGCACGUCAGAUUAAUGGCAGGAGGCUUGGAAGGCGAUAUGUUCAUCGGUACCAAGGCAGAGGAACACAGAGGACUGCUCAAUAUCAAGUAUCCCAUUGAGCAUGGAAUAGUGACCGACUGGAAUGACAUGGAGCAGAUAUGGAAUUUUUUGUACUCUAAGGAUCAACUGAAGGCUCAAGCGGAAGACCACCCAGUAUUACUAACUGAAGCUCCAUUGAAUCCACGGAAAAACAGAGUUAAAGCUGCAGAGAUCUUUUUUGAGACGUUCAAUGUUCCAGCACUGUACAUUUCAAUGCAAGCUGUUCUCAGUCUAUAUGCAACUGGACGGACUACUGGCGUUGUUCUUGACUGUGGGGAUGGUGUAACUCACGCAGUGCCCAUCUAUCAAGGGUUCUCUCUCCCUCAUUCUAUCAUGCGCACUGACGUGGCUGGUCGAGAUGUGACACGCUACCUGCAGAGCUUGCUCAGAAGAGAAGGUUUCAUCUUUAAAACGUCUUCAGAGUUUGAGAUUGUCCGACAGAUGAAAGAGAAAGUGUGCCAUGUCACAUUGCAGCCUCAAAAGGAUGAGCAAAUUGACAAUGAAACGCUUGCGUACAAGCUGCCUGAUGGAUCUGUUAUAGACGUUGGCCGUGCGCGGUUUAGAGCACCAGAGCUUCUUUUUCAUCCCUACCUUAUUGGAGAGGAGAGUGAAGGAAUCCAUCAGGUAUUGGCAUACUCAAUCAGAAAAUCUGAUAUUGAUCUACGGAAGACAUUCUAUUCUAAUAUAGUGCUUUCUGGAGGCUCCACAUUAUUUAAAGGUUUUGGUGAUCGACUUUUGGCUGAAAUAAAGAGAGAGACACCCAAAGACAUUAAAAUUAGAAUAUCGGCUCACCAGGACCGACUAUAUUCCACCUGGAUGGGGGGCUCCAUUUUGGCAGCUUUGGACACUUUCAAGAAGAUGUGGAUCUCUAAAAAAGAAUACGAUGAAAAUGGCCAGAGAGUCAUUGAUCAGAAAACAUUCUAAUCAGAACUAAAAACUUUUCAAAAUAAAUGAGUAGUUAGUGCACUGUAUAUAUUAUAACCAGGAGCACAAAUCAUGUUACUCCUGGUAGAUCUAAUGUUAAAUGAGAUCUUUAUAAUGAUUUGUAACCAAACCACAAUCUUUGUUUGGCGACCAUG